AUGCACUUCUCACUUGUAUCCGCGGCUGUGUUGGGCCUCGUCGGCUCAGUCAAUGCUUGGGGUGGCAUUGCUCCUGAUAGUUCAAGAUUCCGAACAUUAGAACGUCAUGGCCUUACAGCGUUUCAGCACGCUGCUACCGAUUCUACCCUUGAGUUUACCAGUAACUCGGGCAUCUGCGAGACUACGCCUGGCGUUGAUCAACACUCGGGUUACUUGUCUGUCGGCAAGAACCAUAGCAUGUGGUUCUGGUUCUUCGAAGCCCGUAAUAACCCAGAGGAUGCCCCCCUUGCCAUUUGGCUGAACGGUGGUCCUGGAUGUUCGUCCAUGGUCGGUCUCUUCACUGAACAUGGACCUUGUCAUUUCGUCGGCAACGAUACAGAGCCGACCCUGAACCCUUACUCAUGGAACGAGUACGCAAAUAUGCUCUACAUCGAUCAGCCUAUUGGUACUGGCUUCAGCACUGGCACCGAAGAUGUCAACUCAACAGCGCAGGCAGCUCCUUAUAUAUGGAAGUUCAUGCAAGCUUUCUUGGACCGUUUCCCCAAAUACAAAUCCAGAGAAUUCGGUCUCUUCACUCAGUCAUACGGUGGACACUAUGGCCCUGAGUUCGCCGACUUCUUCCUCAAUCAAAACGAGCAGAUUGACGAUGGUCACCUCGACGCCCACAAGAUCGAUAUGGUCGCGCUGGGCAUCAACAACGGCUGGAUCGAACCCAAGAGACAGUACAAGUCCUACGCAACAUAUGCGAAUCGCAACCCUUACAAGAAGAUUCUCACCAACAAACAGCUGAGGACUUCUCUCGACUCAUACAACAAAUACUGCUUACCCGCAAUGGAGAACUGCACCGAGCUUGAAGGCCAGGACGAAGAAUGCGCAAAGGCUGAUGAGGCUUGUAACACACAGAUGUUCACCAACCUUGUCAUCGCGGGAGGGACCGACUUCAACGUUUAUGAUGUGCGCAUCGGCCAAAACGAUGUUGACCCGCCAGACACGUUCCUCGAGUACAUCACAAGAGCCGAGGUGAUGGACGCAAUUGGAGCGAACACCCGAUUUGCUGAGUGUAGUGACACCGUUUAUGCAAACAUGGCAAAAACGGGAGAUGGUGCGCGUUCAUAUGUCGGGCCUUUGGCUGAUGUUGUGAAGCGUGGUGUCAACACCCUCAUCUGGGCCGGAGAUACUGACUGGAUUUGUAACUGGGAGGGUGUACUCUGGGCUUCCUAUGCACUGGAGUGGCCAGGUCAGAAGGAGUUCGUAGCAGCACCAUUCAACAACUACACAGUCGACGGCAAAGCCCAAGGUCGAUACAAGACCGUAGAUAACCUGUCCUUCCUCAAGGUUUGGGAGGCUGGCCAUUCAGUGCCAUAUUAUCGUGUUUAA